AUGAUGCGAUCAAAGGACCCUCGAGUCCGCCAAAGGAUAAACCAACUCUCCCACAACCUUGAAUCCGCCAACGAGACAGCCCAGGAGGGCCUCUACACCUUCUCUCACAACUAUAUUCUACCGUGUUUCACGGCGCUCGGGAACUGCGUCUACUCCUGCACUGCACCCUGUCUUCCGAGCCGGGAGGACCAGCUGCGCCGUCGCCGCCGCGGUCGCGCAGAAGCUAACUUUGACUUUUACGACGAUUGGGACAAUGAAGACUCGAACGCCGGACUGCUUGGAUGGGGCACCGACGAGCUGGACCGCCUGCUGGCGGGCAGUGGUUUGGCUCGCGGUGGCGGCGCCGCCGAGCAGCCUCGCCGCCAGCGACGAAUGAGCUACGGCGCCCGGCGUGCCCGCCGGAAGAGCACAGCUCUGGUUCAGGACGAACGGAAUGAUCCGACGGUCAUCCCCAGCUCUUCGUUCCUGGGCUUCUUGGAGCGAUUCCCCUGGCGCUUCGGCGCACGAGGACUGAAAUACCGUCCUUCGGCAGCCGAUUUACAGGAACAUCCGGCAGGGCUGCACCGGCAUGUCUACGAGGACGAGCCGCUCAUGGAAGCAGCCGAGGACUACGAACCUCAGCCAUCCAGGGGUAAGGGUCGAUAUCGCAGUUCGACGCAGUCGUCGCGGGAAACCACCAACUCGUUGAGCUCGCGCGGGGAUCUGAUUCCCAGCGACGAAGAAGAGGAUGCCGUGCCCUUAGAUGAUGAGUUCGCUAUGGCUCUGACGAGCCGUCGAGGUACCGGCUUGGACUCGAUUGAUUUGAUUGGAGAUAAACCGGCGAGUAUGCGGUCGGCGUCGGGUACGUUUAGUCCCGGAACCACCGGAUCCUCAAAGGCAUCGAGGAAGAAGCAGAUGAAGAAGAGGAGCAGUCGGCUUCGUUCUCCGCAAGGGUCGUACGUAGAGAUUACCCGCGACGCUAGUACGCCUUCAUUGGCCGAUCUCAAGAAGGAGGAGGAGCAGGCGGAAUAUGAAGAAGAAUCAGAAAUUGCACAGAAACGGCGGGCUGCACAGCGGCUGGCUUCCAAUCGUGGUCUUGACCAUCAGCUUUCUCCACCCGCGAAUCAUGGCACGUCAUCACAUGCUGCCCACGAAGAUGUUCACAAGUCAUCACCUGAUUCGGCAGUAGAAGACCCUUCUGUACAGAAUCUCAACGGUCGGUCUGAACCAUGGCCAAUGUCACAAACAUCCGAGGGUAAUUCGCAGACGGAGCCAUUCCCCCCGUUCCCUACGACGUCCGAUCCCCACGAUACAAUGCUUGCAUCGCCGCAUAGCGACUCUCAAGGCCAGGAUCACGAUCAGAACUCAACUUAA